UUUCUUCAAUGUAUGUUGAUGUGAAUAAAUUUACUUCAGCAACUUCAAAUGAAAAUAGUAGUACUAGUAAAGAUAUUUUUUUCUUCAAUGUAUGUUUUGGAAGUUACAUCCAUAUGAUUCUGUGGACUUAUGAGUUUCAUUGACAAGCAACCUUUGUGUGAACCCAUUUCUGAUUUGAUCCCAGCUGACCAUGUGUCAUACUUUCUUACUUGAGGUAAGCGAAAACAGAUCGAGUCUCUCGAGAAUGUUCAGAUAUCAAAACUGAAGCGUGGCCGCAAACCAUGCACACUAGACCCAACCUUGUCUACAAACAUCUCUCGCACUCGACUCCUCCUAGUCCUAACUAUUCAACUCUUUCAGUCCAAACUCUCACGAAUUCAAAACCCAAUUCCAGUAAAAUUAUCAGCACCAAAUUUCUUGUUCAAAGAAACUCCGAGAUAACAAAAAACGGAAGAAAUGGAAAUCUUAGAGAAACAGAAUCAAUCUUCAACCAGUUACCUACUAAAAACAUCAUAUCUUGGAUAGCAAUGCUCACUGCCCAUGCCGAAAACAAUGAAAUUACGAAAGCACGGAGAUUGUUUGAUGAAAUGCCUCUACGAAAUACUGCAACUUGGAAUGCUAUGAUUUCAGCUUAUACUCUCAGUACUUGUCACAUUAAUGAAGCUUAUGAAUUGUUUUGUAAAGUUCCUGAAAGAAAUGUGGUUACAUAUGCUGUUAUGAUAACGUUUUUUUUUUCGUGUUGGGAUGUUAAAUGAAGCUGAGAAGAUAUACUAUGAAAUGUCUGAAAUUGGUAGAGACCUGGUUGUUUCAAAUGCAAUGAUUAAUGGGUAUUUGAAGCUUGGUGCAUUGGAGAGAGCGGUUUUUGUGUUCGAUUCUAUGGUCGAUAGAAAUGUCAUUCCAUGGAGUUCGAUUUUAGAUGGGUAUUGUAAGAAUGAUAAGGUUAGUGAUGCGGAAGUAUUGUUUCAGAAGAUUCCUGAGAACAAUGUUGUUUCGUGGACUACAAUGAUCAGCGGGUAUAUGAAGAGUGGGCAAUGGGUAAAUGGGCUUGAGUGUUUCUCGAAGAUGAGAAGAGAAGAGCAUGUUGAAGUAAAUCCUACUACCAUAAUGGUAAUUUUGGAUACUUGUACAAGUUUGGGUAAUUUAAAGAAGGUAUUCAGAUACAUGGAUUGGUUGUUUCAAAUGCAAUGAUUAAUGAGUUUUGAAGGAGACAUAGAGAACAGAUCUGGUCCUUUAUCUAAGUUUACAGAGAAAUUCUGCAGUGUAAAGCUCUUGAAAAUCUCAGGUGCUUACUUUAAGAUUCUCAAGCGCGCAAAGGUUAUGUCUACAAGCUUCUCUAUCUUUGGUAAUUUGAUCCGCUUGGAAGUGUAUGACAUUCUAAUGAAAACAUUGCUCAACUUUCUAGAGCUCUCUCCAAAUUUGGAAUCACUCGUCAUCGAUCAGGUCAAUUUUACAGGCAACGGCAGCAGGAACGUUUCAACAUUUAAGGUAGUACCUCAUUGUUUGGUGGUAAGCCUCAAGUCGAUUGAAAUACGGAAGCUCACUGGGUACCUGGAGAUGGUUAAAUUUUGUUCUGAAGCAUGGAAGAGUUCUUCGAAAGGUCAUUAUUGAAACUUAUUAUUUUGUGGAUCCUACGGAUUGCCGCUACAACAAGAAGCGCUAUAACAAUAAGAAUAUGGAAGCCAAGUGGGUUGAAGCUUUAAAUACAAAAUUCAUGGGCUUAUGCAGGUUGUGUCAUUAAGUUGAAGCCUUAUGACCAUAUUAAGACAAAAUCCACGGGCUUCUGCAGGUUGUGUCUGUUAGAAUAUCAGCAACUUAAACAUGAUUGUUAUAGG